AUGCCUUCUCCUCUAUUAGAUAGGAGCAAGUCUUCUGGUUCGUUCGCUUCCUCAGAAUCUAAUUCAAUGUCAUCAACAUUUUUGCCUGAAUUUCAAUUUAGCUUAAAUUUUGGAAGAAGAAAUAAUGCUUCCUCGAGUAAGCGCGAAAGCAGUGAUGAUUCCGCACAACCUACUGAUUCAAGUAGAAGUAUAAUGAGCUUAACUCCAAAGAGCCUUCUAAAAUUGAAAUCUUCAACUAAGAAGGUAAAAAGUAAGGAUAAAAAGGUAAGAGAAAAUAAUGAUGAGGGUCCAAUAUCGUUGGCAGUAUUAAUGGAUGAUGGUAUUUUGAUUAAGUCCAGAAAGCCCACUGCUUUCGAAUUACUAAAUACAACAAACAACACUGCAGUUACGCCAUCAGAGAGAAGAAGCAUGUCGAGUAGUACUACUAGUUUCAGAAAUAGUACGGAUAACGAAAAUAGUAAUUAUCUAGAAACAGCUUCACUAAUCAGUUGUGUUACUUGCCUAAGUGAAAAUAUGUCAAACUGCACAUCAGGAUCAUCCUUAGAGUCGUCACAUGCUCAAGCAUCAAUUGUCACGGCUUCUACCAUAGCCUUAAAUAAUAGCGAUGGUACAGAAAUGACAGAAAGUACCACGCAUUUGCAUAAUUCAUAUUCUUCUGUUAAUGGACAAAUUCCCACUAAUUCUGUCGUACCCUAUAGUAGGAUACUUAACGCACGAAUUUUGGACAUAACAAAGUCAGAUAACAAAGAUAUAACAAAAGCGUUACCCAUAUUCAAAAGCUUUCUAAGGCCAAAUCAGCAUCUAGUUGAAAUAACUUUUGCUAAACCAAGGAGGCAUGAUGUUAUCCCUAAAAGACUGAGUCUUUUGAUCGAAAAUGAAUCCGACAAUACAUCUGCACUAAUUGAAGAGAUAUUACAGAGAAGUUUUCGUAAUACAAAGAGACGUAGGUCUCUGUUAGUUAUUGUCAAUCCAUUUGGUGGUAAAGGUAAUGCUAAAAAGAUUUUCAUGAGAAAGGCUAGACCGUUACUUCAAGCCAGUGGUUUUAAAAUCGAUGUCAAAUAUACCAAAUAUUCUGGGCACGCAGUUCAAAUCGCUCAAGGCAUCGAUAUUCAUAAAUAUGAUACAAUUUGUUGUGCCUCAGGAGAUGGCAUACCACAUGAAGUUAUAAACGGUUUAUACAGACGAAAAGAUCGCGUUGCAGCAUUUAACAAGUUAACAAUCACUCAGAUACCGUGUGGUUCAGGAAAUGCAAUGAGCGUCUCCUGUCAUUGGACAAAUAAUCCAUCUUAUGCUACUUUAAGUCUGAUUAAGUCAAUUGAAAAGAGAGUAGAUGUUAUGCGAAUAUCGCAGCCCUCUUACUACAAGGAUUCUCCAAGAAUUUCAUUUCUGAGCCAGACAUAUGGGAUUAUCGCUGAAUCGGAUAUUAAUACUGAAUUUAUAAGAUGGAUGGGACCUGCAAGAUUUGAACUUGGCGUUGCACUUAAGAUUUUACAAAGAAAACAAUAUCCUUGUGAUAUUUAUGUAAAAUACUGUGCAAAGAGUAAAAAUGAGUUAAAAUCAUAUUAUUUGCAGAAUAAGAAGCAUAUUCAGAGAAAUUUUGAUGAUUGCUAUAACGAAUAUUAUGAUAUUUACGAUAUGGAUGAAAAUGAGGAAGAGAAUCUGGUUACAGAAAAACUUUUUGAGGUUCAAUACCCGCCUGAAGGUCAGAUACCAAACGAUUGGGAAAAAAUUGAUUCGGAAAUAUCAAAUAAUAUUGGGAUAUUUUAUACAGGAAAGAUGCCAUACAUGGCAGCUGAUACGAAAUUUUUCCCAGCAGCGCUACCUUCAGAUGGCUGUAUGGAUAUGGUAAUUACUGAUUCAAGAACUCCUUUCACAAGAAUGGUUCCAAUUCUGCUGGCAUUAGAUAAAGGUUCACACGUUUUACAACCAGAAGUUUUACAUUCAAAGAUUACCGCUUAUAAAAUAGUUCCCAAAGUCACAACAAAUACGAGUCAAGUGAAUGGCAAUGAUGCAACAGCAAAUGGUGACGGAUUGUUUUCGAUUGACGGUGAAAAAUACCCAAAAGAACCUCUGCAAGUAGAAGUUGUACCAAGACUGGUGAAGACCCUUUUGAGAAAUGGUAGAUUUGUGGAUACUGGUUUUGAUUCAAUGUGA